AUGUGGGAGGAGAAGGAGGAGGCGGAUCCUGCCUCUGUUGAAGGAGGGGGCGUUUGCCGUGUGAGGAGCUGUAUCCUCCGUGUGGAAGGAGGAGGAGGCCUCCUCCUCUCGCACCUGGACUCCCAGCAGCAGCUCCUGGCCACCUGCCACGACGCCUGGUCCCGCGCGCUCGCCCACUUCGCCUCGCUCGACCAGGACGUCGCCGCCCGCUCCGCCUCCCUUGACGAGGCCCUAGCCGCCGCCGACGCGUCCACCUCUGAAUCCAGCACGGCGCUCGACGCUCGCGAGGCCGCCGUGCCCGUGCGCCUUGCCGAGGCCUGCGAAGCGCUCUCCGCCGCCAUCGCGGAGGCCGAAUCCGCCCGGGCACCGCCGCCCGCCGACAUCCGUGGCGCUCUGCGGUGGAUAUGCUGCCGCAUGGACGCUUCGAAUUUAAUAUAA